GUACAUUCUCCUAAGUGUAACAGGGACAAAACGCCACACCGGUUAACAGCAAGGCGCCUCCUGUUAACACGCUCGUUGUGGAUGCGUUGACGGUAAAGCUGCCAAUAAACAGGCAGUCCUACUAAAUGCUCCAGUGAAGCCCGUCACAAAUAAGUUGGAAGCGGCGAUGUGUGCGCCGGCAGGUGACGACGUUCCUCCGGACACCGGCAGGCUUGCGCAGACUGGCUGCGAUUGUGGCAGCCCCCCUCGCUUGACUGUGUGACAGGGACCUUCCCCCGCUUGCCGAAGCCGCUCUUAUUUCGCAGCUGCUCGCUCGGCCGCGGCGAGCGACACGUCUCCGGUCUCGGAGGAUCAUUCAUCGGCCGUGACGAGGAUGAGCUGGGCUCGCAAGUUGACGUAACAAGAUUACAAUGAAAGGAUACAUUUUUCCCAGUGUUUAUGAAAGUCUCAGUACUGUACCGUCACCAGGGGGCAUCCAUACAAUAAUAUACUUCAGGAAACAUCAUUAGUUGAACAUUUGGAAAGAAAAGCGAGCAAAUUGAAGACUGAAGAAAGAAGAGGCGUGCGUGUGUAAUGCAAGGCGGCUUGCUCGGGCGGCGAUGGCAGCGGAGCAGCGCUGAAGCAGCGGGCUCUUUUCCGAGAUUUCUGCUCGUAAUUUUGUUGUGGCACAGGCUUUUGCAGCCGUUGUUGUGAAUUGAUCUAACAUGGCGACUGUACCCGUCUAUUGCAUCUGUAGAUUACCUUACGACGUAACCCGCUUCAUGAUCGAGUGCGAUGCCUGCAAGGACUGGUUUCACGGCAGCUGUGUUGGUGUGGAAGAGGAAGAGGCGCCAGACAUUGACAUCUAUCAUUGUCCAAACUGUGAGAAAACACAUGGGAAAUCAACAUUGAAAAAGAAGAGGAACUGGCACAAGCACGACACAGGACAGAAUGCAGAGGUGAAGCCAGUACAGAAUGGCAGCCAGGUGUUCAUUAAGGAGCUGCGAAGCAGGACAUUCCCAAGUUGUGAGGAUGUGGUGGUGAAGGUGAAUGGAAGCCAACUGACGUUAGACUACUUGGAGGAGAGGGGAUUUGCAGACCCCAUUCUGGUUCCCAAGAAAGAUGGCCUGGGGAUGUCUGUUCCAGCACCGACGUUCUACGUAAGCGAUGUGGAAAACUAUGUGGGUCCAGAAAGAUUGGUAGAUGUGACAGAUGUGACCAAGCAGACAGAAAGCAAAAUGAAGAUCAAAGAGUUUGUGGACUAUUACUAUAGUACCAACAGAAAACGUGUGCUCAACGUGAUCAACUUAGAGUUCUCCGAUACCAGAAUGGCCAGCUUUGUGGAAAGCCCUGAGAUUGUCCGAAAGCUCUCCUGGGUUGAAAAUUACUGGCCUGAUGACGCACUACUCGGAAAGCCUAAGGUUACAAAAUACUGCUUAAUCUGUGUGAAGGAUAGUUAUACGGACUUCCACAUAGAGUCUGGAGGAGCCUCUGCUUGGUACCAUAUCCUCAAGGGGGAGAAGAUCUUCUUCUUGAUCAAACCAACAUCCGCAAACAUAUCGUUGUAUGAGCGCUGGCGUUCUGCAUCCAAUCACAGUGAAAUGUUCUUUGCUGAUCAAGUGGACAAGUGUUACAAGUGUGCUGUGAAGCAAGGACAGACAUUAUUCAUCCCUUCUGGUUGGAUUUAUGCAACUUUGACCACAGUGGACUGUCUAGCUUUUUCUGGCCAUUUUCUUCAUAAUUUAACCGUUGAAAUGCAGAUGAGAGCAUAUGAAGUGGAAAAGAGACUGAAAAUCAAAAGCCUCACUCAGUUUGACAACUUUGAAACAGCAUGCUGGUACGUUGGGCGGCAUCUACUGGACAGAUUUAAAGGUUUGCACAAAGCUGGGAAACAACCGGCCCCUCACCUGGUGCAGGGAGCCAAGAUCCUUAAUGGUGCUUUCAGAUCAUGGACCAGAAAACAGGCUCUUCUGGAACAUGAAGAUGAGCUUCCAGAGAACAUGAAGCCUGCACAGCUUAUCAAAGACCUUGCCAAAGAGAUUCGCUUGACAGAGCAGAACGCCUCUAAAGUAAUCAAGGUGGAACCAAGUGUGAUCCAUCCUAUGGAGGAGAAACCACUCAUAGAACCAGAUGAACCAAUUUCUCCAGUGCACAUCCCAACACCUCCCAGUGAGAAAGCACCUCGAAAGAAAGUUGCCAAGCUGCCAAAGUCUCCAAAGACACCCAAAGUGAAGGAAGGUGGCAAGAAAAAAGCCAAGAAGUUGAAAGAAGGAUCGGUUUCACCAGUUGUACCCACCCUUGACGUCCUGGAGGCUCACACAAAAGAAGCCUUGACCAAAAUAGAGACGGCAAAAAAAGUGAAGCCUCCGAAGCACGUGGCAAGUACGCCUGAAAAUGAGGUACUUGAUAAACCGAACAGUGCUAACAAAUUUGAGAUCAGAGAACAGAACAAAAACAAAACAGAAGCAAAAUGGAAAUAUAAGAACAGUAAACCGGACUCACUAUUGAAAAUGGAAGAGGAGCACAAACUGGAAAAAACACCUUUAUUAGGAAAUAAAGACAACAAAUCAGCAUUCUUGUUUUCUAACAAGAAAUUACUAAGUUCUAAAGGCCUGAAACCACAGGCUAAUUCGGGGGUGUUCAGCUCAUUACAAAACUUAAAAGAAGAUCAAAAGAAAAUGGUGAGAGACGAGUAUGAAUAUGUCUCUGAUGAAGGUGAGCUGAAGAUUGAUGAAUUUCCAAUAAGAAGAAAAAAGAAUGCCACCAAGAGAGAUUUGAGCUUUUUAUCAAAUAUUAAGGAGCCCAUUCAGCAGAGUAAGAAAUCAAAGCUUCAGCCACAUCCAGCCAAGAGUGAUGAUUCAUCAGAUGAAGAGUCUCUACACAUAGAUACAGACGUCAAGCCUGAGGUCAAAAGUCGAAAUUCUAAGGUGAAAAAGGAAAGUGGGUCUGCUGCUGGAAUUCUAGAUUUGUUACAAGCCAGCAAGCAAGUUGGGGGAAUAGACUAUAGUACAAACAGCCAACCUCCUGCAUCUCCCAGCACACAAGAAGCUAUCCAGGGAAUGCUGUCAAUGGCUAAUCUUCAGUCAUCUGACUCCUGUCUAGAAAGCUCCUGGAACAAUAGCCAGUCUAAAAACAGCUUGCUUUCAAUGCAGUUAUCCAAGAAAUCCAGCAACAACAAGCAGCGCCCAGCCAAGCGCAUAGUCAAAAGAAGCACAAAAAGCAGCAGUUUGGACAGCAUCGAUAUGUUUGAUGAUGAGCAGGAUAAUUUGGAUGCUUGCUUCAAGGAUUCUGACUAUGUUUACCCAUCUCUUGAGUCUGAUGAAGAUAAUCCCAUUUUCAAGUCCAGAUCUAAGAAAAGGAAAAGCUCUGAUGACACUCCCUAUAGCCCCACAGCCAGAGUCGGUCCAUCAGUUCCUCGACAAGACAGGCCUGUCCGUGAAGGAACGCGAGUGGCUUCGAUAGAAACCGGACUGGCAGCUGCUGCGGCCAAGCUCUCCCAGCAGGAGCAACAUAAAACAAAGAAAAAGAAAAAUACCAAAAAGAAGCUAUCUUUAGACGAGACAAAUAAACUCUCUCAGGAAAGCAGCUCACCAGAACAGAAGUCUGAUUCACACCCGAGCAGCCUGGAUCAUGAAUACACAGCAGGCACAGUCAAGACACCAGGAGGCCCACAGCCCAUGGCUCCAGGGGUAUUCCUUACUCAGAGGCGGCCAUCAACAUCAUCUCAAAACAAUGCAUCCGCCAAAGCUAAGCGGCUGAAGAAAGGUAUGGCGACCGCCAAACAGAGGCUUGGGAAGAUCUUAAAGAUUCACCGGAAUGGGAAGCUUCUCCUGUAACACAGAGACUCUAAAGCUGGGACUCGUUCACAUCUCAGGUUUAAUAACCUGGUCCUGACCCUAAACUUGUUGUCAAAUGGAUUGAAAAUGGACUUCAGCAGCAAACUGUACCAUCUGGGGAGUGAAACAGGUUAUGUUUUCCAAUUUCUAAGAAGAAUAUAGCUCAUAAAAGAGGCAUUUGCCUUUACUUAUACAGUACUUUAUAACUUUCAGAUAUUAAAGUGUACAGAAUAUCCGCUAUAAAUAUUUUUUAAAAAUCUGCGCGUCUCCGUUUACUACAGUUGUUAGUCUAGCGAGGGCUGCUCAGCCACACUGCACAUCAUUCCAACCCCUAGAAAGUAUCCCUCUUAACUGCAAGCACAGACAUCAUGGACUCUUACUCAGGGUCCGGCGCCGCUCAUUUGCACAAAUUUAAGGACAGAAAAAGAAUGCAUUAAGUGAGGAAAGCAAGCAUUACAGAAAGACACCUUUUAGAAGAGAUUGGAAACAGCACUUAUCAAUAAAGGAAUAACCACAAACAAAUCAUCCUUUUAUUCAUAGGGAGACAUGAAAUGCAUCUUAUCCCAAAAGGCCCCGGGCUCAAAAAAGCAGCAACCUGCAAUUUAUGUGAUACUUGUGCAUUGCAGUGCACCCACACAUCCUUCUGUUUGCUUCACUUAGUGAGAGCAACAGUGGACCCACCGAGGGAUGGUUAUGUUCAUUCUAUCAGUUGCCUAGCAGCAAAGUAUCUUUAUGCUCCCUGGAGGAGCAGAGCAUAGCCAUGCAUUGUACAUCUUUGACCUAUAAUUAACCAUAGUGCCUCCUAGAGGUAGACGCACACAGGUGUUUACAAGCCAUCAGUUGUCUAGCACAGUAUCGCAGCAAUGCUAGUGGGGGCAGCAGGCAGUCACACAUGUGCCAACUGGAGGUCCAGAAUCCAUGCAAAUCAACUAAAACACUAAAACAUGAAAUCCCAAAUCCCAGAUGGCAGCUCCAGCCAUUCUCAGAUGCUGAUUUGGAUUUGGAGCAGCAGCAGACAUCUGCGUAUUUUGGAGAUGGACUACUAAGUUGAAAAGGAGAACAUGGCCAACUUGACUGUUAAUAUAGUAGAGCUAUUUAUGUAACACCAUACCUGAACUUCAUAGCCAGUUCCAUUUUGGAUGGAGCAUGCAUGUGACAGCAGAAAUUUCCUGGAGGUGAUAUGAAAUAAAGGUAUCUUGAAGCAAGUAUUGCUGAUGGGCUUUUGACUGUCUGGAAGCUAAAGCAUAAUGUGUAUCGCUAGCAUUUACAAACACCAUUAUGGUGCUUCACAACCACAAAAGGGUAGUGUGAUGUCAGACAUUGUCGUUCUGUUUUCUGCAAGACUUACAAAAAGGAACCACAUGUCACAGAGUUUUGGCCACUAGCUCACUACUGUACACAUUAGUAUACAGUCAGAGACAUAUCUGUUAAUAGAGUAUGAGUGCUUCCAUCUCACCACAUUCCUGGGGAGACAAAUACAUCUCUUGAACAGGGCAGUACAACGUGUUCCACAAUUCUAACACAAAACUGCAUUCAAACUUUACAUCACCAUGAUUGCAUCAGAAUAGCUGUCCAUUGUAAUAUUAUAAGGCUAUAAUGCCUAAAACCCUAACACACGUUUUAUAAAAAUGGUGCACAGAACUGUAGCAAAAUUGGACACCUGGGCAGUGGUGUAUUUAACCAAACCAGUCCUAGAAAGCAUUGGUGUUCUGCAGUGAUCACCAUAAAGGCACUUAAUAACUGAAAAAGUUAUAUUGUCAAAUAAACAAACAAUUGCAUUCCAGUUAAAGUUAAUUCCUCAAAAGAAAAAAUUAAUUGCACUUGGUCAUCUUUGAAAGAACAUAAUCAUUCAUAUUCACCAUUUACUCUUAUAAAGCUGUGCCAAAACAAAUCAAAAUGAAAGCAGGUCCACAACAACUAACAGACAGAGCAAAAUAUAACUGUGACAGCACGCAAUACAAAGCUGUCAAGAACAGAACUCUGUUGUGUCAUUUUAAAAGGGAAGAAGUUCAUCUUGGUUAACACACUAGCUUAUUAUAACACAUGCAAGGCCACCAGUGAUACCCCCAAAUGAUCUCUAAACACAUUGCUUAAAAAAAUCUCCAAUCCUAUCCCUUUAAGGCCAUGUCAUAGCCUUCAUUUACAUAAUCUUCAUUAGUCGGAGGCAGUCGGCAGCAUGCUUCUUUGAAGAUGUGACAUACCCAGUGAUUUAAUCCAAUUAGUCUGCAACUUGCUCAAAUAAAAUCAAACCAGUCUGAUUUUACCUUUAGUCGUAGAUGUGGACUCCAAUGACUAUUCAUCUGGAAGUACAGUGCAUAUAAUGCAGCGACGAGGAAUAAGCAACAUGUGUGUUCUUACAAACAGAAGAGAAGUUUGUCUGUCUGAUGUCUCAUGUUUUACUUGCCACAACAGAAUAGAAAAAAAAAAAAAAAAAAAGACAAAAGAGAUAUUGCCUCAUCUUUCCAUCGCUGUUAACUCUUCAUACAGCACAGGCUUCAUCGAGCAGCAUGGUAUUGGCUGGCACAAAAAGGUGUGCACACUGCAGCAGUGGAAGAUCAGUGCUCAGUCUGUAAAUUAGACUUUCCCAGAGAUCUUCAGUCAUUUAAACUGACAUGGUCUGGAAAUGCGAUCAGCAACUGCUGUCGGCAAAUCUGACAUACCCCACAACUAGAAGUCAUGUAAUAUCAGCUUUAGAUUCUCAUUAAAUAACUUACAAAAUACAUGGCACUUCAUUUCAGUGACUGCAGUAGUCCAGGUAAAUUUAAUGUUGCAUGUUUUUUUAAAAUUAUUCUACUAAUUCAAAAUUAUCUAAAACAUGAGAAGGUAUUAAUGAACUGACUCCUUCUUAUGUGGCCCUGCGUAAGUAUUGAACCUGCCUGGUUAUGCUGUAGCGAUCUACUUAUUGCCUCACUGUAAAAUAUUAAAAUUUGCGGCUUUCUUCUGCCUCUUUCCAGUGACUUUUGAAAAUAUUGCUUUAAAAAAAAAUAUAUCUACCGGUAUAUAUUUCACAUUGACACUUAAAACAUUUUUGGAAGCAUUAUGCUGACAUUUGAUUAAUUUAAUAAUUCAAGUUCAAAACCUGAUUUCCAAUACAGAAGCACCAAGAGUCCGUUUCAGGGCACAAUUACUCACAAACCCAUGCUCACCCAUGCUGGCUCAGACUGAGCCAUUUUAGAGUCAUCAGGCAACCUAAGGGAUAUGGCCAGAAACAGUGAUGUCCCAGGAGGAAGCCCAAACUCCACACAGACAAUGUCCAGGCCACGAUUUGAGCUGAUGAAUUAGACAGAACCUGUGAGAAAGUAGCACCAAGCACUGUGUCACAGUGUUACAGUUAAUACAGUAGCAGGGUAAAUUGUGGAUUUGUAUUACAUUUUAAUUCACAUUGAAUGACAAAUUCAAAUUAUUACAAAUUGAAAAAAGAUAAUAUAAAAAUAAACUCAAGCUUUUGACAGGGACCCUUGUUGGUGUCACAAUGAUGAACUUUCCCCUUAAUAGAUGAGUAAAAAAAAACAAAUUUCUAGUAUUCUGUGUCUUAAUUUAGCACGUGGUCACUAUGCAUGUAAACGAUGAGCCACCAGGGAAUGAAGGCAACAUGUUAGCAACAAAAAAAAAAAAGUGCUCCGACAGAGAAAAGUGGUGGAGGUGAGAGUCAUCCAUUGCAUGACUCGGUAGUAGAAAUGGUCAACUGAAGUUCAAACUUAGCUCUUCUGAUUUGAGACUUGACUUCUCUGAAAUGCAUGCACACACUAGGCUGAACUGUACAGAUGUGAUCCAGCAGUGAUCCCAUUAAGUCUACAAUGACAAGGGAGCUCUGGUUUGGAGCAGACGGAACGCCCCAUAUACUAGGGCAUGAACUGUGCAGACAACUAACCAUGACAGUAUUAUGAAUGGAUGGGAUAAGAACUGAUGAAGGUGCUAUAAUGCCUGCCAUCAAGGCAGAUGGGUGACAACACUAGACAGGUGUCCACGAAGGUCCCUGCUGACCCCCCCCCCCCCCACCCCCAAUUUUCCCAAGUUUGACAGGGAUACUUUCUAACCCUGCGCUGUUUCUCAGGCAACACCAAAUAUAUUUAACUGCAUUAUGGUAUGUAGAAUGUAGCUUGUAAAUAGCUUUUUCAAUGAUGCCUUUUUGUAACUAAGUGAGUUUUCUUUCUUAAUGACAGUUCAUGAUAAGUUUUUACAACGUUUUUUGCUAAUUAUGACCGAUGAUAUUAAAAAAAAAAAAACACGUCUUUUUAUUUUGUAGCUGAUACCCAGUAGGGGUUCAUUUUAUUAGAGCAGAGUGGUGUUGCCUGAAAAACCACCGCGCGACUCUGUAUGGCCUUACACACCUGGACACAUGAUGCUCCCUGACCCCUGCCUACACAUACAUACUCACUCGUUCACACUUGUACACACACGUUCAACACAACCAGAAUCACACUUAAUGUAAACAGGGGAGGGUGGGGGUUUAAGCUUCCAUGAGCAGACCAGCUUCUUGUUUUCAUGUUUUUAACCUGAAAGUUAUUUUACUAGCACCUUGUGAAGUGUUCUCAGUGUCUGUGAUGAUGUAAUUUAUUAAUGUUUGUAGCUUUUUAUAUUUAUACAUUUCUUAAAAGCUUUGUUAAAAAAAAAAUAUAUAUAUAUAUAUAUACAGCUUGUGAAAACCUCUAGGACUUCUCUGGUAUGCGGACACAAGCCUUACACCCUGCUAACAGAUUUGCAGACAAACUGCAUUUGGAAGAGCCCUUCUGUUGUUGAUUUUUUAAUUAUUUUUAUUUUUUUAAUGCCACGGUGAAAUGUUAUACAUAGCCCCAGAAACACUGACCUCCAUUAUUUUUCUUAAUACGCAGCUAUGUGGUAUUAUCCUGCCAUCAUGCCUUUUUUUUUGGUAAUCUGUAAAUUUCUAACCAGGUUUACUGUGGUGAUCUAUUGAAGUGUUUUAGCUACCAAUGGAAAAUCUUGUAUCAAUUCCUCCGAACUCAAAUACACUCAGAUCAAACUCUAAUAAGAGGAUCAUUUCAUUUUUUUAUAAAAAAAAAAUAUAUAUAUA